UGAACCGGGCUUAUCAGCAGGUCUGCCAAGAACAACGGGUCAGGGGUAUGGGUCAUGCUCGUGAUGACAGGGAGGUGCUGGGCUUCGCGAUUAACACAGCCAAGAAGACGGACAGAUCUGGCGUCUUUGUGGCCACUGUAAUCUUCCCGGCCAUGAGAUCUCUCGAUGCUUCGAAAUCGUUGGGUACCUGGAGUGGUGGGGGGUCCGACCCAGGUAUGCUUCGAAAGGAGGCGGACGAGGCCAUGGUUCCGUCGCACGCGGUGGCGCUGUUGCUGGUCGAGGUCGCGGAACUCAUCGGGCACACGCUGCUGCGAUGGAUGGAGGGUCUUCCUCAUCUCUCUCUGGCCGAUUCGAUUCUAACGAAGAUAAGGCAGGGGGGCAGCGGGUCAAAAUGAAAAGGGGAAGACCGUGUAAUUCCGGGUUUUACCCAUGAGCAGUGGAAAUCAUUUUAGCUUCAUUUGGUCUCUUAACGUGUCAAGCUGGCCCUGAUCGAGGCUAUCAUGUCAUGGGAAAUGUUUCUAAAUUGCAUAAUAUCACAUAAAUUGAUCCAUGUUCGGUAGGGCUUCUGGAUGGUCAAAAAGUCAAAGCUACCAAAUGGGGAUCAGUUCAUCUGACUGAUACGUUGUGCUUAUAUAAUGUGUUAUUUGUUCCUAAAUUAAGUUGCAACCUUAUUUUUGUCUCACAACUGACAGAGGACCUUGACUGUUUUGUUCAAUUCACAUUUAAUGUUUGUGUUAUACAAGACCGACGCUCGAAGAGGCUGAUUGGAGCGGGUGAAAGACAUAAUGGAUUUUAUUAUUUUCGGGAUAUUGGUGGAACCCAAGUUUUUGGAGUGCACAAAGAAGGACACAUGGAUGUUUGGCAUCGUCGACUAGGACAUCCGUCUGAAACAAUAGUGAAAUGGCUGCCUGGUGUGAGUGGCUCUAAACAUAUUAUUAGUCAACCAUGUGAUACCUGUUUUCGGGCUAAACAUACCAGGGAAUCCUUUCCUAUUAGCAACAGUAAACCUACACACAUUUUUGAGCUUAUACAUUGUGACUUGUGGGGUCCGUACAAUACUCCAGCAUUUUGUGGUGCCAGACAUUUUUUGAUCAUUGUUGAUGAUUUUUCCUGUGUUGUUUGGGUUUACUUGCUAGUAGGUAAAACUGAGGUGUUUACUAUGUUUAUGUCCUUUUGUGUCAU